GAUUCAUUUUUGCAUUUGAAAUUAACGACUCACAUGAUCAUACCUUCUUCUCUUGUUUCUAAUCGAUCGUUUAGUUUGAAUGCUACAUGGUAUUUAUAGAUUUCGGGCGAAUUUUCUCCAUUUCGUGCUGUGCCGCCCGGUUCUUCUUAUCUUGGGCGUUGUGAAGAAAUGGACCUUAUUGAUGGCCAUAGUACCUUUGGUAGCUUCAGAAAAUAGCUUAUAGUCCCUGAUCUUGGAAGGAUUCUGCUUAAUCCUUCCAUAUAUGAAUUUUCUAUCCCAAGAUACAUUGAGAGGCGCGCGAUUUUGAUCAACAUGAUAAAUUUUGAUGAAACAGUAGCUCGAGGGCGAGAACACCAAUGGCUAUCUUUAGCGAUUCUUUUCGUGAUUCUCUACACAGCAUCAACACUAGCCCAGCAUUUGAGGGCAGCAAAGGUCCCGCUAGUAGGAAGGCGUUUCUUCCUUGAGCCGCAAUUUGUGACCAACUUUCGAUUCUUUCGCCACGCAGGAGAAGUUCUGGGCGAUGGCUAUAAUAGAUUCAAACACACCACCUUUAAAUUCAUCCGAGCCGAUGCAGAGAUGCUUGUGCUUCCCGCAAAAUAUGUAAACGAAUUGCGCAACCUUCCAAAUACGAUCGCAAGUCCAACUCUUGCUCAUGUCCACAAUCUAAUGGGUCGCCACACAAAUAUGGAUGUGAUACUGAGAAACAACUUGCACUUCCGAACUUUGCAGGAGAAAGUGACACCGAACCUAGGGUCCGUCACUGUUCCAAUGCAGGAGGAGCUAAAUCACGCAUUGCAAUACGACUUUCCAAACAACGAAGAUGAGUGGGUAACCAUCAAGCCAUACCACACGAUACUUCGACUGGUUUCCAGAUUGAGCGCCAGAGUGUUUCUGGGCACCCCUCUAUGCCGCAAUGAACAGUGGCUGGAAAUCUCUACUGAGUUCACAGAAAACGUUUUCAUUUCUUUGGUUAUCCUAAGACUAUUUCCAAUGUGGCUUCAUGGCCUGAUCAGCAUGAUUCUACCGAGCGCUUGGAAAGGAUCUGCAUAUGUUCGACAAGCCAAGCGACUUCUCGUUCCCGAGGUAAAACGACGCCAGCAAGAAAUCAAUGCAGGCAAGCAGGGAAGUGCCGAGCACCGUAACAUUUUGUCAUGGAUGAUCGAGAUUGGUAAAGAAAAUGAGAAACAGCCAGCCGACCUAGCUCACCUCGAAGUCAUCAUGUCUUUAGCCUCCAUCCACACUUCUCAAAUGAAUGCCGUUCAUGUUCUGUAUGAUCUCGCCGCACAUCCUGGAUAUAUCCAAGACCUUCGAGCAGAAAUAAAGCAGAUUAUCGAAACAGAUGGCCCGUGGAUGGAAUGGAAAAAAACCUCAUUUUCCAAACUUCGCCUCCUCGACUCGUUUAUGAAAGAGUCUCAACGUCUAAACCCACCUACCCAACUCUCAUACCAUCGCAUCCUGCUCGAAAACCAUACGCUCAAUGACGGCACAAUACUUCACAAAGGUAGCCACGUAUGCAUGGCAGUGACAGCCAUUCAGAAUGACGAGGCAGUAACACCCGACCCUUCAGUGUUCGACGGAUUUCGAUACUACAAAAUGCGCCAACGAGAAGAUGAAGGACAUCUCCACCAAUUUGCUACUACAGAACCCACAAACCUCAACUUUGGGCAUGGAAAAUAUGCAUGCCCCGGCCGCUUUUUCGCAGCAUUGGAGAUCAAAAUUAUCUUGGUGCGACUCAUUAUGGACUAUGACUUUAAAUUCAAAGAUAGCCAAAUAAGACCAGCGAACCUAUUCGCGCACGAGUUUAUAUUUCCAAAUCCGGAAGGUGAGUUCCUUGUGAAAAGACGCAGAGCUGAGGAAAGAUUGCAGCUUGUGUAAGUGAAGGUACAUCCUGACCUGAAAGGGAGACAGUUUGUUGUGAGUAUGCUCUAGCAAUAUUGGGACUUUAGACGAUGGACUUCAAUAGCGUUAGCCCUUUAAUACAGCGGUGGUGAGAAAAGGAAAACAGGGGCUCUAGUGGUGGAAUAACAACGGGGUACUUAGGUAAAAGAAUUGUAUGCCAGUAUCAAAUCGAAGCACUGCCUGUUUCUCUGUGAUUGGUUUCUAGUAUACUUCAAGAGUGUGUGUAUGUGAUAUCUGUGGCUAGUACCUGGUCGAUGUCAAAAGAUUGUCCUAUGAAGUUCUUCUUUAAAUAACUACAUAUA